UGAGCGCUGGCCGGACUGGGACUGCGGAGGCUGAGCGAUCCGGCCUCCCGAAGCCCCGGCGGGCCGGGAGGAGGCGGCCCGCUCCCACGACGUGCCCCCUGCUGAACGGCAAGUUCCGCCACUCCGGCCUGGCGACAGCGAGACCGCAUUGGUAAUAGAGAAUGGCAGAGCAGAGUCCACAACACCUGCCGCCCCUCCACUCCCCUCCCCUCGCCCCCGGUUUGGCCAGCCGCACCCCACCGCACGCAGAGCCUCGGGCCGAAGGGAGGGUCCACGGAUCUGGCCCCCCCCGGACUGUCCAGCUGCACGGGGGUGGAUGGCCGAGGUCAAGGGCCUGGCAGGGGCAGGAUCGGGUUUUCCUCCGAGUACGACCCCGUCCCGGAGCAGCUGUUCCACGCGAAGACAGAGCUGCACCAGAGUGCAUGGAUUCCACAUGGAUCUACUGGGUGAUGCUGAUGGGCUGGCUAGCCCAAGGGACUUCAUCCUCACCGCUGGACACACUGGGCACCCCCCAGGACCUGCAGAUCAUCGACCCCGGGUUUUUGGGCUUCAUGAGCAUCACGUGGCAACCACCCUCCACCUUGCCCGCUCCUGGGAGCUGUGCAGUUCGCUACGAGCUAAAAUACCGCAAUGCCGGCCAGGAGUACUGGCAGACGGUCAUCACCACACAGUUAAGCUACGAAGAUGGGUUCGAUCUCAAUGGGGCCAUCGAAGCCAAGGUGCGCACCAUCCUGGGGGAUGACUGUGAGGAUGGUUCAUCUCUCCACAGCCCAUGGGCACAGAUGGUAGUCCAGCCCGACUCUCGAGGAGCGCUGGGAACCAGAGUCCAAGACCUGCGUUGUGUCUACACCAACUGGGAGCAGCUGCUGUGCACCUGGAGGCCAGGAGAGGAUGCCCCCCCGGAGGCUGACUACCACCUGUAUUAUUGGUACCACGGGCUGGCACAGGCCCAGGUGUGCGAGGACUACAUCUUGGCGGGCGGGAGACACGUGGGCUGCCGCUUCCCCAGCCUGCAGGAGGCCGAGUACCAGGAUUUCAACAUCUGUGUCAACGGUUCCUUCUCCUCGCCCCCCACAUCCCUGCAGCCCACCUAUUUUACCCUCCAGCUUCAGAAUAUUGUCCAGCCCAGGCCCCCCGAAGGACUGACCCUGAAGCCAAAGGACCCGGAGGGACCCCUCCUGGAGUGGCAGCCUCCCCAUGGGCUCAUCCCCCCGGCCUGCCUGGAGUACCACAUCCAGGGCAAGGGUCCUCUUGGAGUGCUCUGGGAGCACCGGUCAGCGGACCCGAAGGUGGCACUCCCCCAGCCCGAACCCGGCGGAGCCGCCACCUGUGUGCACGUACGGGCCCGCGUCAACAUGUUCUGUGCCCAAGACGGACUCUGGAGUGAGUGGAGUGCCGAGCUCUGCCUACCAGAGUCCGAGAGUAGGCCGCAAGUGCUGUGGGCGAUGUCGGCGCUGGGGCUCGGAUUGAUCGGUGCCGUCGUGGGGCUCCUGCUGCUGGGCCGGAGGCACAAGGCUCUCCUGAAGCCGAUCCCCUCCGUGUCUGGAUCCCCGAAGGCGCUACCUCGAACAGGAGGGGAGGCUGAAGGAUGUGGAAGCAGUGGGGUCCUGGGGGUCUGACAGAGUUGGCCGGACUUGGCCCCGUGGUGGCCGUAUUCCUACUGGACCGUAUUCCUGGUUGGAAUAAAAGGCCAUGAUUCGUUUCGAAA